AUGGACGGCCAAAGCAAUCGACCUGGCGGAAGCCAAGGUGACUAUGGCGACGACUGGGCCAAAGGACUCACUACUCAGUUUGAGCAACUCAUGAGCUCUCGGAGGAGGCACGAUAUCCGACAGCAACGAGCAGACAGGUUGCGGGCCGGGUCGCCAGCACUUCGAGAUAGCUCGUCGCACUCUAACCUCAGAGCGCCGUAUACUCCGGACCAUAGUAGACCGACAACUUCGCACAGCCAAUCGCACACGCAACCACCUGUGCCGCCCAUGCCACCAUCCUACUCGUCCUUACGCCACUUGCCCUUGAUUCCGACUGCUCCAGCCGCCCACGACCGUGAGUCGCAGAAGUUUCGCAAUCUCAUGGUGGCAUUAUCCGCGACCCCAACCAAAUAUGAGAACCCGGGACUGCUCGACGAAGCAUUGCAAGUGAUCCCACUUGACAGAAUAUAUAGCGAAGCCGAAGAGGAGAGCCAAGUAUUACAAGCCCAAGCCGAAAGCAUGGGCGACGGCCGUAAGCCGGAAUGGGGUCAUCAGGACUGCGUCAUUCGGGCACUGCUGAGAUGGUUCAAGCGAACAUUCUUCACCUGGGUGAACAACCCUGCCUGCCCAGUGUGUCUUGCUCCUACGAUAGCGAGAGGCAAUACGCAGCCGACCCCGGAGGAGAGUGCACGCGGUGCCAUGCGCGUCGAGCUCUAUGAGUGCUCGAACCAGGCUUGUAGGGCCUUUGAGCGAUUCCCCAGAUACAGCGACGUAUGGCAAUUGUUACAAACCAGAAGAGGCCGCUGCGGAGAGUGGGCCAACGCCUUUAGCAUGCUAUGUCGGGCAGUUGGCGGCAGAGUGCGAUGGGUGUGGAAUGCGGAAGACCACUUGUGGACCGAGGUGUACUCGGAUCACCACAAGCGAUGGGUCCACGUCGACGCCUGCGAAGAGGCAUGGGAUAACCCCCGUCUCUAUACUGAGGGAUGGGGCAAGCAGAUGUCUUACUGCAUUGCAUUCAGCAUCGAGGGUGCCACUGAUGUCACCCGCCGAUAUGUGCGGAAGAGCGAGCACGCUGCCGAGCGCAAGAAGUGUCCUGAAGAGGUCAUGCUAUACAUCAUGCAGGAGAUCAAGCAGCUGCGACGGGCGAACCUGAGUAAGGAGCAGCGUUUCGCGCUCGAGAAGGAUGACGCAAGGGAAGACCGAGAGCUUCGUAGCUACGUGCUAGCCUCGAUUACCCAAGCUGUAACCAACAUGGUUCCUGGACCAUUCCCAGCCUCACAACAAGCUGCCGCGCCGGCCCCACCUACUCGACCACCACCGAUGCCACAGUCCUCGAGCGAUGACCAGAAGCUACCUGUCGAGCAACCCGGGCGACAAAGUGGCAACGCUGAAUGGGUUGCCGCACGAGGAGAGAACGGGAGGAGAAACCCGCACUUCCAGGAUCCUCAAGAUCCUUCACGGCGCGGUUUCUAA